CAAAUCGGCAAAUCGGAAUGGGCACGAUUGGACGAUGCUCUCCGGCCCCUAAUCAAGAAGACUCUCUACCAGGGAACGCUGCCAACGACUACGUCUACGGUAGCGCAGCAGCCGGAGCAGCGGGCAUCCCCGUCGCAGCUGACACCAGCGACGCCUGCCGAGUGGACAACGCCUUCAAGCUGUUAACAUCAGCCGAUCUCGAGAUUCGGGAGAUGGCCCUGGAUGCACCAACUAAAAAUGUUUCUAAGCGUAUUCGCAGGUCAGCCACCCUCGAGGAGAUCUCGGGUUACCUGAGCGACGAGCUGGGCGGAGUUUUCCAGGAGGCACGAGCGAUGCAGCUCCAGUCGGUGUGGACAGAGGCACGAAAAGCCUCCCGCCGGCUGGACGUCACCUGGCAGCUGUUCGAAGAAGGGGGGAUCAGUAUAACCUGCGGUGACGACACCCUCACGCCGAAACACCGCACUAAGGUGGUGAGAACACUGCGUUAUAGGAUGAUGUGCUCCCGAGAUCGUGCUCUGCACGAAAAACCCAAUCAGGGUAAAGCAAUGGAGUGCGUCGCAGCGGAUCCUUGCAGUUCCCACUUUAUGCGGUCCGGCGGUUUCACCCGAUUCUGCGACUGGCGCUUCAUCCACAAGGCACGCCUCGGACUGCUGCCCGUGAAUGGAGCGAGGCCCUGGGCAUCCACCGCCGGCAAGCGGUGUCGAGUGUGCGGGUACGCAAUGGAAACGCUACCGCGCGUCCUGGGUCACUGCAUGCGCCACAGUGUGGCGUACACCAGUCGCCACAACAGUAUUGUUAAUCGAGUGAAACAUGCUGCUUGCAGGAACUUCACGGUCACGCACGAGAACCGUCCGGUUGGUGACACCAACCUUCGCCCCGACCUCGUUCUCGCCAGGGGGGAGGAGGCGAUCAUCGUGGACGUGACCUGCCCAUUCGAGAAUCGUCUAGAGGCCUUCGAAGCAGCCCGUACGGUGAAGGAACGCAAGUACCAACCCGUCCGGGACUACCUGCUUCGCCGCUACCAGAGGGUCAGCAUCGAGGCAAUCGUCGUCGGUAUGCUUGGCUCCUGGGACCCGGCCAACGACAGAGUCCUGAAAAGGCUCUGCAGCAGGAGGUAUCUCCGGCUACUCAAGGAGCUUGCGGUUAGCGAGACGAUCGCAGCCUCUAGAGAAGUGUACAGCGCGCACGUGGCAAAUAGGAGAGGGGAGACAGCUCCCUAAGUGGUACUUCCGCCUAGCCACGGACGUGAUUUAUAACUUCAUCAUUCCAAUAAAUAAAUACUACACGCACAGAGCGAAUAAAACACAGCACACCAACACAACGCCUUCCACCUUCCGGAGGAAAGCGACAAAAAUAAGAACAAGUUUGUCCUUCAGGAUCAAAAAUGUUAUUAGCAUUUUUGAAAAAACUCUGUUCUUAUCAGCUUGAUAUCUGAUAUGGGUCCUAUUUGGACCCAAGAUAUUAAACUUAUUUUUCGAAUGGGGCGGAGUGCUUGAGGCUUGCUUGACCUCCGCCACGGGUUGGCCCGGUAUUGCACUAUCUCCGGGAUCGGCCCACUC